CUGACACUGUUCCGGUUUGGCUUUCGCUACCUAGUUCUUGGUAACAUUUGGACCUUGGCCCUUGCCUUGUUUUUGACGUCUGGAUAUAAGAACCGUCCUGGACUUGGGAUUCAGUCUGAGAUAGUCGCGCCAGGGAUAGUGCAAUCAGUGGAUGAGCGCAAGAUAUUGCGAAAGAGUCCGUUUCAACUAUUGCAGGUCCGGAAACAUGAGAUAGCGCGAACUCUGGGGUAGCACUCUCUACAGCGCAUUUCUGGAACAGCUUCCCCAAUAUCUCCCUAAAACUUGAUCAUCAAUGGAAUCCUCAGUGGGCCGUCGUCCGUGGGAGGACACGAAAAUGGGCCCUCAAACCCCUCCUGUCCCGUCCUCACAGACCCUUCCUUCGAUCUCCACGCUUACGGCGAGUAUGAACACGGGUCCUCCGCCUGCGUGUGAGAGAUCUCCGGGGAACUCCUCAAUGAACACAGUGGAGCGUGAUUCUGGGAAUUGGUCGAUGCCGCAGAGUACUAGGUCUUCAACAUAUUCUAAUACUACGAAUGGAACGAACAAUUAUCAUUCAUUGUCAUUCCUCACCUCAUCACAACCUUCGCCUAACCGUCUAUCCGGCGUCUCUGACCGAUCUCCAUUUUCCAAUGAGCAAUCAAACACCCCUUCUUCCGGCGCCGCGCACCCAUCCCCGGGCUACAACUCAACACAGCAAACCUCAACGUUACCCUCCAUCAAUCAGAACUUCGAGGCUCCUUCUCAUCGUGGCAGCAUUGCAGACAUAUCGGAUUCACGACGGAGUAGCGUGGAUAGUCGGAUGAACCAGGGCAUCAGCUCCUUAGCCAUCAACCCCGCUUCGCCUUACCACAGUACAAAUGCUUCGCAAUCAUCCAUUGUAUCCGGUCUUCAACGGGAGCGCGGUAUUCCACCUGACAAGAAUGGUGCCUAUCGGGGUCCCCGGUACUCCGGCGGGCAACCACUUUCUCCGCUAGGACCCCGAGAGCACCGCAGCUUCACAGCUGGCCGUACUGCACCUGCGAUCUCUUCUAACCCGCGUUCAGAGAUCUACAAUGCCGAAGCUCCUACAGCGGGUCUAGCUUACGCUUUUCCAGAUCCCGAUGUCGCGCGCUCGAGUACAAGCUCUACGGAGAAAUCAACUAGGGCAUCUAAUCAGUUUUCUCGUAAGGGUAGCACUGCGGAAUCCCUUGCCAGUAGUGUAUUGACUACCGACUCGCGUCUGCCUCGAGGGCAGCAGGAGCUGCCCCAGAACGUACACCACCAUACUUUGCAGCACAAGCAGGUGCGAGAAUUGAUGGGGGAUCCCGAGUCGCCUAAUAGCAAUACCCCGUACAGUCGAACGCCCGAGCUUCGCGUCACCCAUAAAUUGGCUGAGAGGAAGCGUCGUAGUGAAAUGAAGGAUUGCUUCGAGAUGCUACGAAUGCGCCUGCCACAAAGUCAGAACAAUAAAUCUAGCAAAUGGGAAACCUUAACGAGAGCGAUUGACUACAUUAGCCAACUUGAGAAGACAGUGAACCAAGUCCGCCGCGAGAACAGCGUCCUCAGAACAGAGGUUGACGAGCUUCGGACUCAGCUUAGCCAACAGCAAGCAAAUGGCCAGUCCCGGCAGCAGUCUAUGUACGACCAUCAUUCGAUUCAUGGAGCCCCGCCUCAGACGAACGGGCAGGUCCAGGGCCCCAAUAUGUUCCCUAAUUACGGUGGUCCGAACAUGGCACAAGACCAAGCCCGUACAUUACCUCCGCUUAUGAAUGGAUCCGUGGCUCCUAUGCAAGGGGUACAAUAUACUGAUGAGAGAAGAUAGCACGAUAUUCUCUCAUUGACUUUAUAGAGGUCUCCUCUAAUCGCUGCGGCCACUGCCUGUUUUUCGUCUGCCAUCUCAGCCUCAUUUUAGUGUACUC